ACCGGAUCAGCAGGUACACCCUUGGGCUGAGGUUCACCUGCUGGUAGAGAGGAGGGUGAGGGAGGCAUGGGGCAGUGUCUGAGGUACCAGAUGCACUGGGAGGAUCUGGAAGAGUACCAGGCCCUGACCUUCCUGACCAGGAAUGAAAUUCUAUGCAUCCACGACACCUUCCUGAAGCUGUGCCCCACAGGCAAGUCCUACAAGGAGGCCACGCUGACCUCAGAGCAGCUCAGCUCCCUGCCAGCCCUAAGGGUCAACCCCUUCCGAGACCGCAUCUGCAGGGUAUUCUCUCACAACGGUGUGUUCUCCUUUGAGGAUGUGCUGGGCAUGGCGUCUGUGUUCAGUGAGCAGGCCUGCCCCAGCCUGAAGAUCGAGUACGCCUUUCGCAUCUAUGAUUUCAAUGAGAAUGGUUUCAUCGACGAGGAAGACCUGCAGAGGAUCAUACUGCGCCUGCUCAACAGCGCCGAUGUAUCUGAGGACCUGCUGAUCGACCUCACUCACCACGUCCUGAAGGAGUCAGAUCUGGACAACGACAACAUGCUAUCCUUCUCUGAGUUUGAACACGCCAUGGCCAAGUCUCCAGACUUCAUGAACUCCUUCCGGAUCCACUGCUGGGGAUGCUGACAGGGCCACCAAUGACCCGAGCCACCUUGAGGGAUGUGACGUCUGGGACACUGGGGCCUCGGAUGUGAAGGAUGAAACCUUUGUCCCCAGGCCUCCCUCCGUCUCUUGAUAUUAUUUGUUAAAGGAACAAAAGCAGAA